AUGACGGCAAGUCGCGAUGCGCGAACUCACCUGUUUUCGCCGCACGACGUCUUUUUGUUUCCUUCUUCUCUCUCACCACGUCCACAGCAAAGAGCAUGUAUUAUCCGAACGUCGCUCUGUGGCGCCCUGCGGAACUCUUAA